GUGCUGGGAGAGCUUUGUUGGUCAGGAGCUGUAUCGUUUCCUGCUCGUGGAUUUCAUAUUCACGGUUCUCUACACAGUCUUCGGAGAAUUUAUAUGGAAGCGGUUUUCUCAAGGAGUGCUGAGGAGAAGGAGGAAGCCAGUGUUUGAUAUCGCCCGUAACGUACUCGAGCUCAUCUAUGGGCAAACCCUCACCUGGCUCGGCUUGCUCUUCACUCCUUUACUGCCAGCUGUGCAGAUCCUCAAGCUGUUGUUGUUGUUCCAUAUGAAAAAGAGCAGCGUACUGGUGAACUGCCAGGCAUCCAGGAAGCCAUGGAGAGCCAGUCAGAUGAGCACCCUCUUCAUCUCUCUGCUGUGUUUCCCCUCCUUCCUCGGGGCCACCGUGUCUGUGACCUACACCAUAUGGAUGAUUAAGCCCUCCUCUGGCUGUGGUCCUUUCAGGAACCUCCCCUUCAUGUUCCACUCAGGCAAACAGUGGGCCCAGGAGCUGCAGAGUACCAACCCCAAGCUGGCCUGGCUCAACUGGUUACACAGCUGCUUGGUGGAGAACCCCUUCUUCCUGUUCCUGUUGGCUGGUGUCUUUCUAAUGGUCAUUUACAUUCACACCCAAGUUUUAGACGGCCAAAGGAAAAUAAUCAGUCUGCUACAGGAGCAAAUAGAAAAUGAGGGGAAGGACAAGAAGUUCUUAAUUACUAGUCUGCAGGCCAUCCAUGAGAAGAGGCAGUAUCCACUGUCCCCUUCCUCCAGGCCUCAGCCACAGGGCAGUGAGGUUUAAUAUGUUUUAGUGGAAGAUUAAAUGAUUCCAGAGUAUUCAUUGGAUGCUGCAUGUUAAAUGUUGGACUCCCAUCACAUCAAGGAUAUUUGGCUGCUAUCAACCAGUCAAAGUGGACUCAAAGUGGAGUGAUGUGUGUGGUGAAGGACAUUGAGCCAUUUCCUGUAGAAUGUAACUAUGACUGAUGUGUGUUCAAGACUUUCGGAAUGUGAAGUAACUGAGACUGAUAUGUAUUCUAGACCAUCAAAAUGUGAAGUAACUGAGACUGAUAUAUAUUCUAGACCAUCAAAAUGUGAAGUAACUGAGACUGAUAUGUAUUCUAGACCAUCAAAAUGUGAAGUAACUGAGACUGAUAUGUAUUCUAGACCAUCAAAAUGUGAAGUAACUGAGACUGAUAUGUAUUCUAGACCAUCAAAAUGUGAAGUAACUGAGACUGAUAUAUAUUCUAGACCAUCAAAAUGUGAAGUAACUGAGACUGAUAUAUAUUCAAGACCAUCCGAGGUGUGUUUUAUACUAGUAUGGUAGUAUAACUGUCUAAUUUGCCUUUUGUUAAUAUAUAUUUAUUGUAUCUAGGCUGCCUGUCACCGCUUUCACGCUUCAAUGUAUACUGAACAAAAAUAUAAACGCAACAUGCAACAAUU